CUUUAAGCCACCAACUCCCAUCCAUCCGCCGACCCCCUUUACUGACAAUUCCCCACCAAGUUUUUAACACGACCCACCCCGUUUUGCCUUGUCUCCUGAGUUGUGUUGCUCGCAUAGACCAAGUGAAGAGACCCUUUGCGCCUGAACUUCUCCCAACUUUCAGCUUCUUACGCCCCAGACUUUUGCGACUCCUGCAGUUUCGCAUCACAUUUAGUCUCCUAUACCCCGACCUGUGUCUAUCUCCCGGCGCAUCCCCUUUACAUCUACUGUAUUCAAAAUGGCUCGCCAGCAGUCUCUUGAUUCAGAGCGCCCCAUCAUGACUCAGUCGAACCGAAACUCAAAGCGCUUCUCCACUAUCAGCGGAAACCCCUCGCUUGCUGCUUCCGAUCGCACAACUGGAAGCCUUCCCAGCGGUGACCCCAGAAUCGCCGACAUCACCCACCUCCACGAUGGCUUCGAGCGUCUCGAGAACAAGCCCCUCACCCAGCAGCGCUUCGUGCCAACCGAGGAGAAAUCAGACAACUUGAACAAGCUCGCUCUCGGUGCUAAGGUCGAGCGUGCUCUCGGCCGGAGAAUGACUAGCCAGGACGCUGUCAUGCGCAAGCCUCUCUCUGAGAAGGAUGCUGCGGCAGCUGAUUCUCCCUGAUUUCAAUUCCUAUCUGCCAACCCGGAGGUACACUUGCAAUGUUGUUUUACGGCUACUCUGUGUGAUUUGUCUCCGAUCAUUCUUUUUCUCUCUUUUUUCCCUUUUUUUCCCCCUGGUUUGGGGGUCUACAUCCUCCAUCCGAGCCUCUGUUGACACGGCUCUCAUGAUUGUUGUCGUUUUUACAGUCGAGCACCCUUUAACGUCUUAUCAUACCCCCUUUCUUUUUUAGGACCAGUUCGCGGCGUUUUGACUUGAGAUUCGCAUUGUUUCUUUCUUUGAUUGUCAAUUGUGGAUGUGGUCUGUCUUGUUAGAUGGCUUUCACUUGUCUUGAGCUGUUACAAAAAUCACAUGUUUACUUUUCUACAGCGUUUUUCUGAUCUAUGCUUGAUAAUGGUCAGUGUUCCUAGGGUCUACUGUUAGAUUUGCCAUAAAUAUAACCAAUAGUCUUUCUUUUAAU